AUGGCAAAUAGCAAUGAAAAUUAUAGAAAGUCUGCUCUCUCGGUAGAACAAAGAUUCGAAAUUGUACAACAACUGGAUGGCGGAGCACCUAUCACCAGAGUAGCUGCUAAAUACGACGUUCACCCCGCCACCGUUCGCCGAAUACGACGGAACGCAGCGACAGUAUGUCAGCUUGUGGAACAAGGGGCUGAAAUGAGAAAACGGAAGAACCUACGAAAACCGGCGAACGAAGAAUUGGAUAUCCGUUUGUAUGCGUGGUUUUUAGAGCAAAGAGCGCUCGGCGACCCGAUCACGGAUCUAAUAUUAUUGGAAAAGGCAAUAGAGCUUAACAAGGAAUUCGGAGGACCGUCAACUUUCAAAGCAAGUAGAGGCUGGUUGUGGAAUUUCAAGAACAGACAUGGCAUUCGCUUAUCGAACUUCUCCAGCGAAAGAGGAGAAGCGAGCACAACAGUCGCACAACAAUCGUUUGUUGAGGAAUUCACCCGACGACUGGUACAAGAAAGAAUAGAGUAUAAAAAUAUUUACAACAUGGAGGAGACCGGACUUGUAUGGAAGGCUCUUCCUACGAGGACUGCGAUACAAGGCGAGAAGGAAGUGGAAGGAACAAAAUUAACGAAAGAUCGCGUAACCGUGGGCUUUUGCGUCAACGCGACAGGAAGCCACAAGCUCGCACCUUUGUUUAUUCAUAAAUUCAAGAAUCCAAGGGCGUUUAAACAUUGCAAAGAUCGUCUGCCUGUGAUCUUCAAAUCACAACCACGCGUAUGGAUGGAUCAAGAAAUAUUCGGUGACUGGUACCAAAACCAUUUUAAACCGGCAGUAAGGGAACAUCAGACGAUGACCGGCUCCUAUGGUAAAAUCAUCCUUCUCCUAGACAACUAUCGAGAAUACAAUUUGCCUAAAGAGUUUCUGCAAGACGAUGAUUUUGAAAUUAUAUUCUUGCCUGCAAAUAUUGCCCCCCUCCUCCAGCCUAUGAACCAAGGGGUGAUCGAAGAAACGAAACGAUCCUACCGCCGUAAAAUGUUGCAUCGAAUAAUGAACUUUCCCGGCGGCGUGCAACAAUUUUAUUCCGAUUACGAUCUCAAGGAUUGUAUUGAUUUGUUGCACGAGGCCUGGACAGAAAUUAGCGCCACGAAUAUUCAAAACACAUGGAAAAGUAUCAUCAAACAAAUCCCUGAAGAGGUUCUAAUAAAAGAAGAACCGGGAGAUCCGUUGGAACCUAAUUUACAGGACAUUAUUGGCGUGAUCACGGGAGAACAAGCGUCGGAAGAAAGCGUAAAUGAUUUCUUAAUAAAAUGUACAGAAGCGGAGAAUAAUUUCUCCGAGGACGAGGGACUGGAAGAAGACGAAGACGAAGACGAAAAUGCCUCUAAUGCUGGUAAUGGAGUGUCAUCCCUAUCGUCGGAUACACUGAUAGAGGAUGAUGAAAUGAAAAGGAUAUUUGAGAAUCUAAUCACGUGGUCCGAAGGAGAACCAGAUUUUAUUAAAUUGCACGUAAAAUAUCUGAAAGAUUAUUACGAACAAAAAUGA